CAUUGGUUGUUCGGGCAAAGUGGAAUAGAACUCUUCUUUUAAGCCAACUUUCGUGUAGGUUAAUAAAUAACAAAGGUAUUACGCCGUGUUUUAUCACCACUCGGUGAUAAGAAAUCCUAGCGUUUCGCGUUUGCUUAAUUUUACAUUUACGGCAGUUUCAAAGAGUAACGGCGUUACGCGCAGCGCAAUAUGAUGUUGUGUGAAACGUGUUUGUCAGUGGGCUGUUUUCUGAAGAGGACUGGAUUGUUCAGAUAAGUGCUCGGCCCCGCUGACACUGCAAACACGCAGGAAACAACAGUCUUAUUGGUCCAUGGAAAACUCGCCGGUUCUAUGUGUUCGUCAGUCUUUAAAGCAACGAUAUUUUCUCCUGCUUUGCAUCGCUGCUGUGGUAAUUAUUGCUUAUCAGUUUACAAGAAACCAUCCACAAAGAGCCAGAAUGAAGCGGGCAGAGGGACUGAGAGCCAAUUCCUUGCAGUUCACUUUGGAGAAAAACCCCUUCCGCAUCCUGGGAGGCUCUGUUCAUUACUUUCGCGUCCCCAGAGCCUACUGGGAGGACCGACUGCUGAAGAUGAAGGCCUGCGGCAUCAACACUCUAACAACCUAUGUGCCGUGGAACCUACAUGAACCGGAGCGAGGAGUGUUUGACUUUGAGGAUGAGCUGGAUUUAGAAGCCUACCUUUGUCUUGCAGCAAACUUGGGCCUCUGGGUGAUUUUGCGUCCCGGACCAUACAUCUGCGCUGAAUGGGAUCUGGGGGGACUGCCUAGUUGGCUGCUACGGGAUCAGAACAUGAAGCUGAGAACAACCUACUCAGGAUUCACAGAUGCAGUCAAUUCCUUUUUUGAUAAAGUCAUAAAGAAAAUAACUCCAUAUCAGUACUCCCAGGGUGGCCCAAUCAUUGCAGUUCAAGUUGAGAAUGAAUAUGGCUCCUACGCUAAAGAUGACAAGUACAUGCCUUUCAUACAGCAGGCGUUGGUGUCCAGGGGCAUCACAGAGCUGCUGCUGACCUCUGACAACAAGGACGGGUUGAAGCUCGGAGGAGUGAAAGGAGCACUGGAAACAAUCAAUUUCCAGAAACUGAACAUAAAUGAGAUCAAGUAUCUGGAUGACAUUCAGCCUCAGAAACCUAAGAUGGUUAUGGAGUACUGGUCAGGCUGGUUCGAUCUCUGGGGUGGCCUUCAUCACGUGUUCACUGCUGAAGACAUGAUCCUGGUCGUCACAGAAAUUCUGAAGCUGGACAUGUCCAUCAACCUUUACAUGUUUCACGGAGGGACCAAUUUUGGCUUCAUGAAUGGUGCAUUCGCUGUUGGGAUAUCAGCACCUAAACCCAUGGUAACAAGCUAUGAUUACGAUGCCCCAUUAUCCGAGGCUGGGGAUUACACCACCAAGUAUCAUCUUCUGAGGAAUUUAUUCAGCAGCUACCACAACGAACCUCUUCCUAAACUGCCCUCUCCUCCGCAAAGGAGAGCCUAUCAGGCUGUUGUUGUCCAGCAGCAUCUAUCUCUUUGGGACAGUCUGCAUUCAACGGAACAGCCUUUUAAAUCUGAAAGGCCAGUGAACAUGGAGAACCUCCCCGUCAACAACAAUAAUGGACAGUCGUAUGGCUACACGCUGUAUGAGACGGCCAUCACCAGUGGAGGAACUUUUAACUCAAAGAACAACAUCAGAGACAGAGCACUGGUUUUUGUGGACAAACAUUUUGUUGGUGUUUUGGACUAUACUGUGCAAGAAAUUGUACUACCUGAUGGGAAGGGAAGCAGAACUCUGAGUUUGCUGGUGGAGAACUGUGGAAGGGUGAAUUAUGGGACAACUCUAGAUGAGCAACGCAAAGGUCUCGUUGGCGAUGUUGAGUUAAAUUCGCACAUCCUGCAAGGCUUCAUUAUUCACAGCCUGGAUAUGAAGCCAGGCUUUGUAAACAGGCUUCAGAGUUCAAGCCACUGGGUGUCUAUGCAGCGGCGACCCUCCUUUCCGGCCUUUUUCAAGGCCAAACUUUACGUGAACAGCUCUCCUAAAGACACCUUCAUCAAACUUCCUGGAUGGACCAAAGGGGUUGUGUUUAUAAAUGGCAGGAAUUUGGGGCGAUACUGGUCCAUAGGACCGCAGCAAACUCUUUAUGUCCCAGGGCCCUGGCUUCACAGAGGUGACAACCAGGUCAUGGUGUUCGAAGAGCAGGAAGCAGAUGGUAAAGUCCAGUUUACCAGCAGCCCUGACUACGGCAUGACUGUUGAUGUCCAGUGAGGAUAAGAGGACAGUAGAGGGUGCAUCAGCUAAGCAGAUAUGACUGCUGUUGGCCAUGUUUACAUGGAUCUGGACUGCCUGCCCUGAUUAGCAGCGCUCAGGUGUCAAGAAGACUUUGAAUUGACUUUCCUAUUUUGUCUCCUUAAUCAUAUUCAUGGCAUAUUGUUGAAUAUUCCUUAAACUAUUUUACCUUUAUCUUACAUAAAUGCUCACAAAGACUGAGUGAAAAUUAUUCUGAUUAUAUUUAAUUUAUAGGUACCAUUCACUCUUUGUUGAAAACAAAUAUAUAUAAAUUCUGGUUUGACCUUUGCUUGUAACCAAGGCCAGGGAAGCUUGUGAGCAGUGUAUUUCUCUCCAGCCCUUCCUGCCUCUUCCUCUGAUGAUGCUUUGAAAGCCUCUGCAGAGAAAUCAAGGUUACAGAAUCGCUUUGAAGAUCAUCUUUUGUUAACCUUUCACCAGGAUAUUUGUUUCGUCAAAUAUUGUUGCUGCAGUUGUUUAAGGCUAAAAGGCCCUUUAGAUAUCUAGCUGAUUCACACCUUAUUGACUACUUUACAGUGCUUUGCAAAAUUAUUCAUACCCCUGAAGCUUUUUUACUUUUUACAACCGCAAUUUUCAAUGUAUUUUGUUGGGAUAUUAUUUGAUAACAGUAGUGCAUAGUAGUUGUAAAGUAGAAGAAAACAAAUAAUGCUUUUUCAAGACAGUUUUUUUUUUUACCAAUAAUGAUGUGAAAUGUGUCAUGUAUUUGUAUUCAACCACUCUGAGUCAAUACUUUGUAGCUGCAAAACCUUAUAGGGUAAGUUAUUAAAUUGUAAAGUUAAUUUAGA